UUCAGCAGUCAGAAUAUGGAGAACUCCUCACACUUCAGCAUUUCUGGACCUCAAAUCCCUUCCUCUGCUUGGACUACUUUUCCUGAUAUCACGUCCUCACAUGCCACCAGCUUGCCAGGCAUUGCAAAGACAGUGUUCCCCACUGAGGCGUCCAGCCCAGCUCAGGUCCUGCUACCCCAGUACCAAAGCAGUGCUCUCCGGCAUGGGGUGCUCUACACAGUGCUCUCUGCAGGCUGCAUCUUGGAGGACCACCCAGACAGUGAGCAGCUGAGGAGGAAUUGCACCAUCUACCGGCCCUGGUUCUCUCCUUACAGCUACUUUGUAUUCAAGGACAAAGAGAACCACCUGGACACCUACAGCUUCCCAGAACUGCGGCUGAAUGAGGGCAGGGGGGACAACUGCCUCCCAGAGGACACGGCUGAGAGCAUCUGCUCAUCCUCUUCCUCCUCAGAGAACCCCUACCCCCAAGAGGCCACCAAGAAAUCCAGGCCCGGCCUGGAUUCCAUAGACUACAUCACAACCCAGGACAUCCUAAGGGCCUCCAAGUGGCACCUGGCCCAGCAGAACGGCUACAAGUGUGCGGCCUGCUGCCGUAUGUACCCGACGCUGCACUCCCUCAAGAGCCACAUCAAGGAGGGCUUCAAGGAGGGCUUCAGCUGCAAGGUGUACUAUCGCAAGCUCAAAACCCUCUGGGGCAAGGGGCAGAAGUCCUGGCCGGGAGACAGGCUUUCCUCAGGCAGCUGCCAGGCCUUCAAGUAGGUCUGCUGGGUGGCGGCAGCUGUCUUGUUAGUGGACAACGCUUCAGGUAAACAGGGGAUGAUGCCUAUUUAUG